AUGAAAGAACGUGUCAGAAGGUUGUCUCAUCCUGACUAUCUCCAACAUGAUUUAAACAUUCUACGCAAUAUUUUUGUGGAAAACUCAUAUCCUCCAAGACUGAUUAAUAAAUUGAUUUGCAAUGUUCCCUUUGUCAAUAGGAACAUUCUCACUGCUAGUACCAUGUCACAACCAGGGCCUUUAGCUCAGAGUAACUCGGCGCAGACUAGUGUGUACUUUUAUGCCCUUCCUUACAUUCCGAAACUAACUAUUGAACUUAGUAAAAUUUUCAAGGAAUUUAAAAACAUCAAAAUAGCUAACAAAAACAUCAAAACUAUACGUCAGUUAUACAGUAAAAUCAAACAACCUUUAACUACAUUAGAAUGCACAGAUGUGGUUUACCGCAUUGAAUGUACUGAAUGUCCAGCAUCAUAUAUAGGUGAAACCGGAAGAAACUUGUCUAGUCGAAUAAUCUCACAUAAAAGCGAGUGUAGAUUAAAUAAACCUACGUGUACUUUGGCAGAGCAUACAAUCAAUCUAGACCAUAAGAUCGAUUUCAACAAUGCUAAAAUAUUAGCCAGAGAAAGUAAUAAAUUCAAAAGAACGUUCCUGGAGAUGGUACAUAUCAGCAAGAGUGAUGACAACAAUCUUAAUAAGAGAUCUGAGAUCCAGAAUCUUAGUAAAAUUUAUAACUAUAUAUUGACUUUCGACUAG